AUGGCGAUCGCGCGGAGCCACGUCGUGUCGCGCCCGGCGGCGGCGGCGCGGUACGGGUCGUCUCCGGACCUGCUGGCGGCGUCGCUGCAGCAGUCGUUCCGGUACGCGCGGCUGUGGACGGCGUUUCAGCAGUUCUUCGGCUUCUUCGCCUUCCUCCUCACGCUCUGGUUCGUCACCGCGCGCCCCUGGCACUCCGCCGACUCCCGCGCCGCAAACUCCGCCGCAAACGUCGGCGCGACCUCCCGUCUCGGCGGAAACUCCGGAAGCGGAUUCACCGGCGGGAGCAGCGCCGGCGGCGGCGGCGGGAAACUAACAGGUCCCGCGGCGUACGUAGUGGUGGUGUGCGACGAGUCGCAGUUAAAGUCCGCCAUGGUGCUCGUGCACUCGAUCCGAUCCACCAAGACGGAGCACGAUAUCGUCGUGCUCGCGCGCAACCUCUCCGGCACGCCGCGCCACAUCUUCCGCGCGCUCGGCGCCACCGUCAACCCGCUUCCGCGCGGCGUCCCCGCGUCCGUGCUCGCGCUGCUCGACGACCCCUUCCGCCCCACCACUUCCGCCUCUCCCUACCUCAACCAAUCCUUCGCGCGCGCCGCCGCGGACUCCGCGGAAAACCCCUUUUCCGCGAACCCCGCGGCGGAGUUCUCUCCGCCCUUCCCCCCAACGACCUUCGCGGACCCCUUUUCCUUCAGCUCCGUCUACUCCCCGCCGCCGCACCCCGCGGCGCUCGCGGAGUGCCUGCCGUUCAAAUUCUCCAUGUGGCUGCUGCGCCAAUACUCUAAAGUCGUCUACCUCGACCCGCGCAUGCUCGUCCUUGAGAACAUUGACGACGUGCUGGCUCGGCCCGAGCCUACCGCAGCUCCGGACAACUCCCUGCCGGACCGGUUCAACCCGAGCCUGCUGGUGCUGGAGCCGAGCGUGGCGACGUACCGCCAGCUCGUCGCGGAAUACGCCGCCAUCGCAUUCGGCGACGUGGACAGCGACAGUGACAGCGCGCGACGCACCCUCGCUGCAGGAGACCCCGACCAGGCGCAGACGCAGCAGGAGGGGCGGCAGGAGGGGCAGCCUCAGCAGCAGCAGCAGCAGUGGGGGUUGCAGCGGCGGCUGCGGCGGGGGCCGGUCCUCCCAGUGGGGUCGGAGGACCUGAUCUUCUUCAACCACUUCUUCUCCGACUGGCCGCAGCUGGGCGCGCAGCACCACCUGGACUACGGGUGCAACGCGCCGUCGCGCCUGGGGUACUCCGCCACGUGGAACGAAUGGGUGCACCCCAAGCUCAAGGUCGUGCGCUUCGCUGGCGGCUUCGAGCGCUGGGACGAGCUCACGGACAAGCUGUACCCGCCCACACGGCGGUAUGAUCAUCUCAGGUGGGAGCUGCUCCGCGACAUGUCGGGGCUGCUCGUGCAGCACGGCGCCAUUGCGCCGGCGGACGCGCUGCCCAGCCCGCUGUGCCAGACGGACUUCAUGCAGUAUGCGCGCGGGGCGCCCGUGCCGAGAAAGCUGUCGGUGGUGAUCCUCACGGGUGGGGAUCUGACGACGCUGCAGACGCUCAUAUUCCACUUCGCCGCCAUGCGCUUCGUGCACAUGAUCUACGUUAUGGCCAAACCCAGCGAGGCUGUGGGAGGGGGGAGUGCUGCUGCUGGUGGUGGUGGUGUUGGGGGGGAGUCCUCAGGAGGAUUCAACCUUGGUGGCAGCAGCGGAGGGAACACAGGGAGCAGCAGCAGUGGUGGCAGCGCGUGGGCGCAGGGGCACACGCAGAGCAUCCUAGCGGCGGCCAUCGAGUCGUGGAACGCCAGCAAGCCCGUCGAGCUGCUCCCGCCGCUGCGCCGCUACUCCAUGUCGGCGCGCAUGCGCCCCAUCGCGUCCCUCCCGACGGACUGCGUGCUGAUGUGCGACGACUCGGUGAUGGUGGGCGCGUCCGUGCUGUCGUCCGCGUUCAAGUUCUGGCAGGAGCAGCCGCAGCGCCUCGUGGGGUUCUUCCCGUCCGCGCACUACCGCGACCCGCACACGAGCGAGCUGGUGUUCGUGGCGGACCCCCGCGAGGAGUACUCCAUGGUGGGCGCAAGGCUGCUGCUGCUGCACGCCGACUACCUGCAGUCGUACACCUGCACGCUGCCUCAGCAAGUGCGCGACUACAUCGAGAUGUCCCCGCAGUGCGCCGACGCGGCUCUCAACUUCCUGGCCUCCGAGCUCACGGACGCGGCACCCUUACUCGUCGUGGACCCCGACAAGCGCGUCACGGAGGACCUCGCGUCGUCGUUCGAGGACCACACGCGCGUGGGGUCGGCGUGCCUGAAUGAUCUCGAGGCCUUCUUUGGCGACAUGCCGCUGCGCAACUCCACUCUUGCCAAGUUCCACCUGGAGCAGGACACCUUCACCAAGAUGCAGUUCAACAAGGCCGGGGGUGGGGGUGGGGGAGGGGGAGGGGGUGGGGGCGCAGGGGGAGGGGAGGGGGAGAAGGACGGGGGGCUGCAGUGGGAGGCGCUGUUUGACGCCACCAAGAUGUCGUCCAGCGAUGAGAACUUCCGCUUCAUGCCCUCUCUCAGACGGGUGACGAACAUGCCAGAGGUGCACGUCUUCCCCUCGCCUCAGCACCCCAAGCAGAUCCUCUGCAUCCAGGGGAACCUCUCCACACCGCUUUGUUUCUCCGGGGGCGCGUGCAACAACUCGUUCGCCAUCGCCACCUUCGAUUCCAUCCCACCGUCCGCGCUCAUGCUGUUGGGCACGUCGCUGCUGCUGCACUCGCGCUACGGCUUUGACGACCGCUUCCACACACCCAACAUCCUCGCCAACCUCUUCUACCCCUACCCCGACUACUCCUUCAUGCGCCCCGCUCGCGCCUUCUUCUACCGCCGCGGCGGGCUCGACAUGCGCCUGUCGCCCUGGUCGCGCCUUCUGUUCAAGGCCAUUCUUGGGGCGCACAUCGCGCCGUUCCGCGUGCGCAACGGCACGCGCCCCGUGUGCUUUGAGCGCGGGGUGAUGACGCGGCGGUACCGGCCGGCAGCACAGGAGAGGAGCAUCGUGCUGCAGGACGUGCAGGAGCGCGCCUGGGCCUACUGCUCCCUCGCCGCCUCCUCCAUCCCUUCUCCCUCUGCUACCGACGCUGCUGCUGCCGCUGGGAACAGCACAGCAGGGGCAGGGGCAGGGGCGGGGGCGACCCAGCAGCAUCCGAUGGCGGGGGUGCCGCCAGGGCUGCGGGGGUUUGUGAGUUCCGACGCCCACACGAUCCGUGUGCUGGUGCUGUAUGGCGAUGCGGACAGUGGGGGGUACGGCAUGAUGGAGAACCUACAGGCUGUGCUCAAGGGGCUGAGGGACCGCUGUCACAAGGCCACUGCGUGCGAGCUGGUGGCAGUGAGGGAGGCUAACUUCACCAACUUCUGUGCGCAGGUGCUAUUCAUGGGAGCGGCGUCCAUGCUGGUGACAGUGAGUGGAGACGGCACCAUGAACCAUGUCAUGUGGAUGCGCCCCGGCAGUGCCGUGCUGGAGCUAGUGCCCUUCGGCAUCCCUGAGUAUGACCCACGCGUGCUCAGAGUCUACGAGGAAGCUUCUAGGGGCCAUGUGUGCUGGGUGGGACCUCAGGGGCCAUGUGUGCUGGGUGGGACCUCAGGGGCCAUGUGUGCUGGGUGGGACCUCAGGAGCCAUGUGUGCUGGGUGGGACCUCAGGAGCCAUGUGUGCUGGGUGGGACCUCAGGGGCCAUGUGUGCUGGGUGGGACCUCAGGGGCCAUGUGUGCUGGGUGGGACCUCAGGGGCCAUGUGUGCUGGGUGGGACCUCAGGGGCCAUGUGUGCUGGGUGGGACCUCAGGGGCCAUGUGUGCUGGGUGGGACCUCAGGGGCCAUGUGUGCUGGGUGGGACCUCAGGAGCCAUGUGUGCUGGGUGGGACCUCAGGGGCCAUGUGUGCUGGGUGGGACCUCAGGGGCCAUGUGUGCUGGGUGGGACCUCAGGGGCCAUGUGUGCUGGGUGGGACCUCAGGGGCCAUGUGUGCUGGGUGGGACCUCAGGGGCCAUGUGUGCUGGGUGGGACCUCAGGGGCCAUGUGUGCUGGGUGGGACCUCAGGGGCCAUGUGUGCUGGGUGGGACCUCAGGGGCCAUGUGUGCUGGGUGGGACCUCAGGGGCCAUGUGUGCUGGGUGGGACCUCAGGGGCCAUGUGUGCUGGGUGGGACCUCAGGGGCCAUGUGUGCUGGGUGGGACCUCAGGGGCCAUGUGUGCUGGGUGGGACCUCAGGGGCCAUGUGUGCUGGGUGGGACCUCAGGGGCCAUGUGUGCUGGGUGGGACCUCAGGGGCCAUGUGUGCUGGGUGGGACCUCAGGGGCCAUGUGUGCUGGGUGGGACCUCAGGGGCCAUGUGUGCUGGGUGGGACCUCAGGGGCCAUGUGUGCUGGGUGGGACCUCAGGAGCCAUGUGUGCUGGGUGGGACCUCAGGGGCCAUGUGUGCUGGGUGGGACCUCAGGGGCCAUGUGUGCUGGGUGGGACCUCAGGGGCCAUGUGUGCUGGGUGGGACCUCAGGGGCCAUGUGUGCUGGGUGGGACCUCAGGAGCCAUGUGUGCUGGGUGGGACCUCAGGGGCCAUGUGUGCUGGGUGGGACCUCAGGAGCCAUGUGUGCUGGGUGGGACCUCAGGGGCCAUGUGUGCUGGGUGGGACCUCAGGAGCCAUGUGUGCUGGGUGGGACCUCAGGGGCCAUGUGUGCUGGGUGGGACCUCAGGGGCCAUGUGUGCUGGGUGGGACCUCAGGGGCCAUGUGUGCUGGGUGGGACCUCAGGAGCCAUGUGUGCUGGGUGGGACCUCAGGGGCCAUGUGUGCUGGGUGGGACCUCAGGGGCCAUGUGUGCUGGGUGGGACCUCAGGAGCCAUGUGUGCUGGGUGGGACCUCAGGGGCCAUGUGUGCUGGGUGGGACCUCAGGGGCCAUGUGUGCUGGGUGGGACCUCAGGAGCCAUGUGUGCUGGGUGGGACCUCAGGGGCCAUGUGUGCUGGGUGGGACCUCAGGGGCCAUGUGUGCUGGGUGGGACCUCAGGAGCCAUGUGUGCUGGGUGGGACCUCAGGGGCCAUGUGUGCUGGGUGGGACCUCAGGAGCCAUGUGUGCUGGGUGGGACCUCAGGGGCCAUGUGUGCUGGGUGGGACCUCAGGAGCCAUGUGUGCUGGGUGGGACCUCAGGGGCCAUGUGUGCUGGGUGGGACCUCAGGGGCCAUGUGUGCUGGGUGGGACCUCAGGGGCCAUGUGUGCUGGGUGGGACCUCAGGGGCCAUGUGUGCUGGGUGGGACCUCAGGGGCCAUGUGUGCUGGGUGGGACCUCAGGGGCCAUGUGUGCUGGGUGGGACCUCAGGGGCCAUGUGUGCUGGGUGGGACCUCAGGGGCCAUGUGUGCUGGGUGGGACCUCAGGGGCCAUGUGUGCUGGGUGGGACCUCAGGGGCCAUGUGUGCUGGGUGGGACCUCAGGGGCCAUGUGUGCUGGGUGGGACCUCAGGGGCCAUGUGUGCUGGGUGGGACCUCAGGGGCCAUGUGUGCUGGGUGGGACCUCAGGGGCCAUGUGUGCUGGGUGGGACCUCAGGGGCCAUGUGUGCUGGGUGGGACCUCAGGGGCCAUGUGUGCUGGGUGGGACCUCAGGGGCCAUGUGUGCUGGGUGGGACCUCAGGGGCCAUGUGUGCUGGGUGGGACCUCAGGGGCCAUGUGUGCUGGGUGGGACCUCAGGGGCCAUGUGUGCUGGGUGGGACCUCAGGAGCCAUGUGUGCUGGGUGGGACCUCAGGGGCCAUGUGUGCUGGGUGGGACCUCAGGGGCCAUGUGUGCUGGGUGGGACCUCAGGGGCCAUGUGUGCUGGGUGGGACCUCAGGGGCCAUGUGUGCUGGGUGGGACCUCAGGGGCCAUGUGUGCUGGGUGGGACCUCAGGAGCCAUGUGUGCUGGGUGGGACCUCAGGGGCCAUGUGUGCUGGGUGGGACCUCAGGGGCCAUGUGUGCUGGGUGGGACCUCAGGGGCCAUGUGUGCUGGGUGGGACCUCAGGGGCCAUGUGUGCUGGGUGGGACCUCAGGGGCCAUGUGUGCUGGGUGGGACCUCAGGGGCCAUGUGUGCUGGGUGGGACCUCAGGAGCCAUGUGUGCUGGGUGGGACCUCAGGGGCCAUGUGUGCUGGGUGGGACCUCAGGAGCCAUGUGUGCUGGGUGGGACCUCAGGGGCCAUGUGUGCUGGGUGGGACCUCAGGAGCCAUGUGUGCUGGGUGGGACCUCAGGGGCCAUGUGUGCUGGGUGGGACCUCAGGGGCCAUGUGUGCUGGGUGGGACCUCAGGGGCCAUGUGUGCUGGGUGGGACCUCAGGGGCCAUGUGUGCUGGGUGGGACCUCAGGGGCCAUGUGUGCUGGGUGGGACCUCAGGGGCCAUGUGUGCUGGGUGGGACCUCAGGGGCCAUGUGUGCUGGGUGGGACCUCAGGGGCCAUGUGUGCUGGGUGGGACCUCAGGGGCCAUGUGUGCUGGGUGGGACCUCAGGGGCCAUGUGUGCUGGGUGGGACCUCAGGGGCCAUGUGUGCUGGGUGGGACCUCAGGGGCCAUGUGUGCUGGGUGGGACCUCAGGGGCCAUGUGUGCUGGGUGGGACCUCAGGGGCCAUGUGUGCUGGGUGGGACCUCAGGGGCCAUGUGUGCUGGGUGGGACCUCAGGGGCCAUGUGUGCUGGGUGGGACCUCAGGGGCCAUGUGUGCUGGGUGGGACCUCAGGGGCCAUGUGUGCUGGGUGGGACCUCAGGGGCCAUGUGUGCUGGGUGGGACCUCAGGGGCCAUGUGUGCUGGGUGGGACCUCAGGAGCCAUGUGUGCUGGGUGGGACCUCAGGAGCCAUGUGUGCUGGGUGGGACCUCAGGGGCCAUGUGUGCUGGGUGGGACCUCAGGGGCCAUGUGUGCUGGGUGGGACCUCAGGGGCCAUGUGUGCUGGGUGGGACCUCAGGGGCCAUGUGUGCUGGGUGGGACCUCAGGGGCCAUGUGUGCUGGGUGGGACCUCAGGGGCCAUGUGUGCUGGGUGGGACCUCAGGGGCCAUGUGUGCUGGGUGGGACCUCAGGGGCCAUGUGUGCUGGGUGGGACCUCAGGGGCCAUGUGUGCUGGGUGUGACCUCAGGGGCCAUGUGUGCUGGGUGGGACCUCAGGGGCCAUGUGUGCUGGGUGGGACCUCAGGGGCCAUGUGUGCUGGGUGGGACCUCAGGGGCCAUGUGUGCUGGGUGGGACCUCAGGAGCCAUGUGUGCUGGGUGGGACCUCAGGGGCCAUGUGUGCUGGGUGGGACCUCAGGGGCCAUGUGUGCUGGGUGGGACCUCAGGGGCCAUGUGUGCUGGGUGGGACCUCAGGGGCCAUGUGUGCUGGGUGGGCGUGGGACCUCAGGAGCCAUGUGUGCUGGGUGGGACCUCAGGAGCCAUGUGUGCUGGGUGGGACCUCAGGAGCCAUGUGUGCUGGGUGGGACCUCAGGGGCCAUGUGUGCUGGGUGGGGCCUCAGGAGCCAUGUGUGCUGGGUGGGACCUCAGGAGCCAUGUGUGCUGGGUGGGCGUGGGACCUCAGGAGCCAUGUGUGCUGGGUGGGACCUCAGGGGCCAUGUGUGCUGGGUGGGACCUCAGGGGCCAUGUGUGCUGGGUGGGACCUCAGGGGCCAUGUGUGCUGGGUGGGACCUCAGGAGCCAUGUGUGCUGGGUGGGACCUCAGGAGCCAUGUGUGCUGGGUGGGACCUCAGGGGCCAUGUGUGCUGGGUGGGACCUCAGGAGCCAUGUGUGCUGGGUGGGACCUCAGGAGCCAUGUGUGCUGGGUGGGACCUCAGGGGCCAUGUGUGCUGGGUGGGACCUCAGGAGCCAUGUGUGCUGGGUGGGACCUCAGGGGCCAUGUGUCCUGGGUGGGACCUCAGGAGCCAUGUGUGCUGGGUGGGACCUCAGGGGCCAUGUGUGCUGGGUGGGACCUCAGGGGCCAUGUGUGCUGGGUGGGACCUCAGGGGCCAUGUGUGCUGGGUGGGACCUCAGGGGCCAUGUGUGCUGGGUGGGACCUCAGGGGCCAUGUGUGCUGGGUGGGACCUCAGGGGCCAUGUGUGCUGGGUGGGACCUCAGGGGCCAUGUGUGCUGGGUGGGACCUCAGGAGCCAUGUGUGCUGGGUGGGACCUCAGGAGCCAUGUGUGCUGGGUGGGACCUCAGGAGCCAUGUGUGCUGGGUGGGACCUCAGGGGCCAUGUGUGCUGGGUGGGACCUCAGGAGCCAUGUGUGCUGGGUGGGACCUCAGGAGCCAUGUGUGCUGGGUGGGCGUGGGACCUCAGGAGCCAUGUGUGCUGGGUGGGACCUCAGGGGCCAUGUGUGCUGGGUGGGACCUCAGGGCCAUGUGUGCUGGGUGGGACCUCAGGGGCCAUGUGUGCUGGGUGGGACCUCAGGAGCCAUGUGUGCUGGGUGGGACCUCAGGAGCCAUGUGUGCUGGGUGGGACCUCAGGGGCCAUGUGUGCUGGGUGGGACCUCAGGGGCCAUGUGUGCUGGGUGGGACCUCAGGGGCCAUGUGUGCUGGGUGGGACCUCAGGAGCCAUGUGUGCUGGGUGGGACCUCAGGAGCCAUGUGUGCUGGGUGGGACCUCAGGGGCCAUGUGUGCUGGGUGGGACCUCAGGAGCCAUGUGUGCUGGGUGGGACCUCAGGGGCCAUGUGUGCUGGGUGGGACCUCAGGGGCCAUGUGUGCUGGGUGGGACCUCAGGGGCCAUGUGUGCUGGGUGGGACCUCAGGGGCCAUGUGUGCUGGGUGGGACCUCAGGGGCCAUGUGUGCUGGGUGGGACCUCAGGGCCAUGUGUGCUGGGUGGGACCUCAGGGGCCAUGUGUGCUGGGUGGGACCUCAGGAGCCAUGUGUGCUGGGUGGGACCUCAGGAGCCAUGUGUGCUGGGUGGGACCUCAGGGGCCAUGUGUGCUGGGUGGGACCUCAGGGGCCAUGUGUGCUGGGUGGGACCUCAGGGGCCAUGUGUGCUGGGUGGGACCUCAGGAGCCAUGUGUGCUGGGUGGGACCUCAGGAGCCAUGUGUGCUGGGUGGGACCUCAGGGGCCAUGUGUGCUGGGUGGGACCUCAGGAGCCAUGUGUGCUGGGUGGGACCUCAGGAGCCAUGUGUGCUGGGUGGGACCUCAGGGGCCAUGUGUGCUGGGUGGGACCUCAGGAGCCAUGUGUGCUGGGUGGGACCUCAGGGGCCAUGUGUGCUGGGUGGGACCUCAGGAGCCAUGUGUGCUGGGUGGGACCUCAGGGGCCAUGUGUGCUGGGUGGGACCUCAGGGGCCAUGUGUGCUGGGUGGGACCUCAGGGGCCAUGUGUGCUGGGUGGGACCUCAGGAGCCAUGUGUGCUGGGUGGGACCUCAGGAGCCAUGUGUGCUGGGUGGGACCUCAGGAGCCAUGUGUGCUGGGUGGGACCUCAGGGGCCAUGUGUGCUGGGUGGGACCUCAGGAGCCAUGUGUGCUGGGUGGGACCUCAGGGGCCAUGUGUGCUGGGUGGGACCUCAGGGGCCAUGUGUGCUGGGUGGGACCCCAGGGGCCAUGUGUGCUGGGUGGGACCUCAGGGGCCAUGUGUGCUGGGUGGGACCUCAGGGGCCAUGUGUGCUGGGUGGGACCUCAGGGGCCAUGUGUGCUGGGUGGGACCUCAGGAGCCAUGUGUGCUGGGUGGGACCUCAGGGGCCAUGUGUGCUGGGUGGGACCUCAGGAGCCAUGUGUGCUGGGUGGGACCUCAGGGGCCAUGUGUGCUGGGUGGGACCUCAGGGGCCAUGUGUGCUGGGUGGGACCUCAGGGGCCAUGUGUGCUGGGUGGGACCUCAGGAGCCAUGUGUGCUGGGUGGGACCUCAGGGGCCAUGUGUGCUGGGUGGGACCUCAGGGGCCAUGUGUGCUGGGUGGGACCUCAGGGGCCAUGUGUGCUGGGUGGGACCUCAGGGGCCAUGUGUGCUGGGUGGGACCUCAGGGGCCAUGUGUGCUGGGCAGUACAGUGUUGCAGCUCGUGCCCUUUGGCAUCCCCGAGUACGACCCGCGUGUGCUCAGAGUCUACGAGGAAGCUUCCAUGUGAGAGGCGAGAGGCGCGUGCAUGGGUGGGCGCAUGCAUGGGUGGGUGCGUGCAUGGGUGGGUGCGUGCAUGGGUGGGUGCGUGCAUGGGUGGGCGCAUGCAUGGGUGGGUGCGUGCAUGGGUGGGUGCGUGCAUGGGUGGGCGCAUGCAUGGGUGGGUGCAUGCAUGGGUGGGUGCGUGCAUGGGUGGGUGCGUGCAUGGGUGGGUGCGUGCAUGGGUGGGUGCGUGCAUGGGUGGGUGCGUGCAUGGGUGGGCGCAUGCAUGGGUGGGUGCGUGCAUGGGUGGGUGCGUGCAUGGGUGGGCGCAUGCAUGGGUGGGUGCGUGCAUGGGUGGGUGCGUGCAUGGGUGGGCGCAUGCAUGGGUGGGUGCGUGCAUGGGUGGGUGCGUGCAUGGGUGGGUGCGUGCAUGGGUGGGUGCGUGCAUGGGUGGGUGCGUGCAUGGGUGGGUGCGUGCAUGGGUGGGCGCGUGCAUGGGUGGGUGCGUGCAUGGGUGGGUGCGUGCAUGGGUGGGCGCAUGCAUGGGUGGGUGCGUGCAUGGGUGGGUGUGUGCAUGGGUGGGUGCGUGCAUGGGUGGGUGCGUGCAUGGGUGGGUGCGUGCAUGGGUGGGGGAAUGCAUGGGUGGGGGAAUGCAUGGGUGGGGGAAUGCAUGGGUGGGGGAAUGCAUGGGUGGGGGAAUGCAUGGGUGGGGGAAUGCAUGGGUGGGGGAAUGCAUGGGUGGGGGAAUGCAUGGGUGGGGGAAUGCAUGGGUGGGGGAAUGCAUGGGUGGGGAAUGCAUGGGUGGGGGAAUGCAUGGGUGGGGGAAUGCAUGGGUGGGGGAAUGCAUGGGUGGGGGAAUGCAUGGGUGGGGGAAUGCGCCCGGGCAGUGCGAUGUUGGAGCUCGUGCCCUUUGGCAUUUCCGAAGACGGCCUGCGUAUGCUGCGUCUCUAUGAGGAGGCUUCCAGCACAUUCCCCUCCCUUGCAAGCACAUUCCCCUCCCUUGCAAGCACAGCCGUGCCCCGUACAAGCACGUUCCUCAUCCCCGCUCCUUCCACUCCAUGUCACCCUCUGCCACCCUCAACCCUCCUUGCCACACGGCACGUGUGGCGUGUGCGGCAAUGCACGAGCAGGUGGGUGAGGGUGGAGCACGACAAGGUGUUUGAGCUCAUGGGCCCCGAAUGCCCGCGCAAGAACGCGUCAUGCCGCUUCAUGUACCGCCGCCGUGCCAUCGUGGCCAACGUGACAGCUGUCAUGGCGUGGUUCGACGCCACGUACACGCGCAUGCGCACCGAGGGGAAGGAGGGCACGCUGGGAGGCAGAUACGGUCUAUCCUCUCCCCCAAACUCUGCCUCUCCUCCUGUGCUGUUGCCUGCCGAUUUCUUUCCUUCCUUAACCCACCCGCCCCACUCGCUGCCUUCCCGCCCUUCCUCCUCCCCCCUACUAGUAGUACCACCACGGCCGCUGCUGCUGCGGGUCCUCCCUGCUGCUCCCUGCAAGACACGAGCUCCCUCACAGGCUCCCCUCCCAACAACUAACGGGCUCUUUGAACGCCUCCCCGCAACUAACGGGCUCUUUGAACGCCUCCCCGCAACUAACGGGCUCUUUGAACGCCUCCCCGCAACUAACGGGCUCUUUGAACGCCUCCCCGCCGCAACUAACGGGCUCUUUGAACGCCUCCCCGCAACUAACGGGCUCUUUGAACGCCUCCCCGCAACUAACGGGCUCUUUGAACGCCUCCCCGCAACUAACGGGCUCUUUGAACGCCUCCCCGCAGCUAACGGGCUCUUUGAACGCCUCCCCGCAGCGCGAUUGCGCGGAUGGCUGCAGUGGCUGCGAUGCAGCUGCAAGCACACGGGGCAGCCCAUUGGAGCUAUAACGUGCCCUGAUGCCAUGUGUCAUGAUGCCACGUGCCUUGCUCAGCUGAAUGCUCAAGGGAUGCCCGCUCAUGCCAUGCUUCCGGCCUCCCUUCCCCCCGCCACUGCUCCUGAAACGCCUCGGCGUCUUCUGCCCCCUCUGGUGGGCCUCGCAUACCUUGCAAGCUCCGCCCUCGUGUUUCUGCUGUGGUGGGUGGGUGUAUCACCAGCGCGAUGUGGAAAGUGGUUGCAGCAGCAGGGCUUGGCGCUGAUGGUGGAGAUGGCAGGGCUGAGGAGGAGUGCGGCCAUGGCUUUCUUGGAUUGCAGGUGUCGUGCCAUCGUCCGUCAACUCCGCCAUGCUCAUCGCCCCACAUCCAAUGAGAUUGGCAGACCAGGAAUGGGCGAAGUGAUUGAAGCUCGUGGGAUGCCUUCAGAGCAGGGAGCGCCGAGGCAGGGAUUGGAAGGGUUUUUGAGAACGCUAGCAGAGCAGGUGGAAGAGGCAAGGAGGGAGGUGGCGGCAGUGAGGGGCGAGUUGGCGGAGCACAAGGGGCGGCUGGCAGGGCUGCAAGAAGCUCUCACACGGACUGACCGUGCCAGCCAGCGGUCAUGGGAGACCCUUCUGUCAGUGUGGUGGGAGUGUGUUGAUUACAAGAAGCUCUGCAGGCAGCUGGGCAAGUAG